AUGUUUUUUCCUGAAUAGGAAUAUAAAACCAGUACUAAAGUAUAUAUACUCUUUAUAUUUUAGAGUGAAGAUGAACUUAAGAAGUUAACUUUAGAAGAAGAUUUGAGUGAAUGCUAAAGAUCCUAUUAUAUUUUGACAAAAGGAUAAUAAUUACAAAAAAAAGCUGUAUUUUAUGUCUUAUAUAUAGAUUUAUUCUAAUUUACAUAAAAUUUUGAGGGAACCUAAUUCUUUUGGAUUUCUUUUCUAAGUUAUAAUGUAAUUAAUAUUAUUCUACAAAUAUAAGUGAAGAGAUUUAAUAACAAGAAGAGGAUAACUAAAUUAUUGCUGCUAAAUCACUAUAAAAGUUAAUAAAAGAAAAUGCCUUAUCAAUUAAUGAAUUACUAUAAAUUUAUGAUUUGACUACUCAAAUAUUAAAAAUCUGGUCAUUACCAGUUUUAAAUGAAUGGAUUUAAACUAUGGACAUUCUAUUAAGAACAAUAGGCCUUAAUAAUAUUCUUAUUCCAGUUCAAUAAUUGAUAUUACUAUUAACUGAUAGUUCUUAACCAACAAUAUCUCGUUAAAGUGUUGCUAAACUUAUAGGUACAUUUGCAUAAGUAAUUACUUUAAAUAUAAUAUAUAAAGCUACUUGGUGAUGAAAUUAAGGGUCCAAUAUUAGAUAGGGCUAGAAAUUUAUGUUCAGAUCAUGAUAAAGAAAUUCGAUUCAUUAUGGCUAAUGAUGUUUUAAUUAAAGUUUGUUAAUCAAUUUCAAGUGAUCUAAUAGAAUGUUAUUUAAUGGAAAAAAUAAUGGAACUUUACUAUGACAUUGAUUAGACUGUAAAAACUGCAGCAAUGAAAUUAUUUUUUACUAUCUCAAAUAAUUUGUCAAUAGAUGAAAUUAAAAAUAGAUGUACUAAAUAAUUUGUUGAUUCUAUUCAAAGUCAAAAUGAAGAUAGUAAAUUAAUUUUGUCAAAAAUGUGUGGAAGAGUUUUUCAUCUAGUAUUUUUAAAUGUUUAUCUAUUUAUAGAUUAAAGAUUAUAUGAAUUAAAGUUAAUUCACACUUUUUCUCAAUAUAUACAUGUCUUACUCUAAAAGUAAGAACAUUGAAAUAAGAGUUAAUUUUAUAAGCAAUUUCCCUGCUCUCUUAUCUCUUGCAUCAAAAAAUUUUGAAUAUUUUUAAGAAUCUUAUUUACAAUGUUGCAAUGACAAUAAUGAAGUUCUUGGAACAACCAUAAUUAAUUCCUUUCAUGAAAUAGUACUUCUUUCAGAAAAUACUGAUAUAUUGUUUUAAGUUUUUAUUAACUUUAUUAAAACAAAAAGUAUAAUCAUAUUAGAAAUCUUAUUAAUGAGAUUUGCUUCUAUUAUUAACUCUUUCUAAAAAUAAGUAUUAUAUUUAUUAUAUACUUAGUCAGUAACAACCACAAUUUGGAUAACCAACAAUUGAAUUAUUGAAUUAUCUAAUUUCAAAAAAUCUUUGGGAUUUUUAAAUAGAAUUACUAUUGUAAUUAAAAAAAUGCCUAUAAAUCUUUAAUGAUGUAAAUAUUUUUAUGAAUGCUAUGAUUCAUACAAUAGCUAAAGGAAUUCCAAAAACUAAAAAAUUAUGUUGUGAUAAUAUUGCGUAAUUUUUGAGUGAUUUUGGAGACUUACGAAAAAGAAAAGAUUGGAUAAUAUAACUAUUUGAUCUUUAUUUUAAAUCUGAUAUAUACUAUAAUCGAAUCACUUUUAUUGACAUUGUUUAAUCAUUUACAGAAUUCAUUUCUAAGAAAUUAUUCAAACAAUAUGAGUUUUUUGAUAUUCUAAUAUUUUCAAAAGAUCCUAUUAUCAAUGUCAGAAUGAGAUUAAUAAAGGUAUUAAUUUUUUAAUAUAUUCUUAGAUUUUACCAUUAUUAUAUAAAAAAAUUGAUAAUGAUGAUCUAAUUAUUUUAAACAUGUUUAAUGAAUCUGUUUAAGAUUGUGUAAUGAGUGGAUCUCGCUCUUUUUAAUUUAUAAUUUAGUAAACUAAAGAAGAAUUAUUAAAACCAAAUGAUGAAAAUUUAUUAAAUAAGAAAGAUUAGGAAAUGAUGGAAAAAGAGGAAUCUAUAUUUAAGAAUGAUUAAAAAUAAAGAUAAUUGUUAUUAGAUUAAGAAAGGGAUGAUUUAGAAAUUAAUAAAAUUGAUUUAAAUGAUUAUUUGAAUAAAUACAAAAAAAAGUAUCCACUUAGUAAAAUAAAGAAUACGAAUUAAAGUUAAACAAAUUUAUUAAAGAAAAAAUAAAUUUAAAAUGGAGCUACAGCCUUAAUCAUUAAAAAAUCAUUUGAUUUUGAUUUUGGUAAAAGUCCAUUAUUAGAAUGCACUUAAGUUAUGAAAAAACCAGUGUUAAAAUCAAAGACUCCUUUAACAAAGAGUAUUUGUGAUAUAAAAAAAUAAUUUAAACUUCCAAGUAUUAAGAAGUGA